AAUCAGUGCUGUACAGCUCUUCUCCGAGUCUCUCGAGUCAUUACAAACACAGAUGUCUCAGGAAACAUCCGUUAAACAGGUCAAAGGUUGCAGCAACAUUGAAGAACUGGUGUCUCGGAUCAGUGGAUAUUUAGUAAACACAAGCGCACCAAUAAAAUGAAGGAAACAAGUGCACAAAACCACAGACAUGAAAGAACAUUCAUGGAGCUACUGGGCAACAUUCAAAGUACAGCAAUGACAAGGCACCAAAAGGCAGAGGUAAUGAUUGCCGGAGAACUGCUAAGAUUGCGACUGCAUGAUAGUAAGUUGAUUAAGGACCGCAGAUACCAUUUGCGCACGUACCCCAAUUGUUUUGUGGCUCAGGAGAUAAUUGAUUGGCUGAUUGCUCGUAAGGAAGUGCCAGAUCGAGAAUCUGCUGUCCAGCUCAUGCAGCACCUCGUGGACCAUGAUAUCAUACAUCACGUGUGUGACAAGUGGCCCAUGUUCAAAGAUGCCAAAUACUUGUACAGAUUCAGAGAGGAUGAUGGUACAUUUCCUUUCAACAUAGAGGUUAAGCUCUUCAUGCGUGGACAAUGGCUGUAUGAGCAUCUAAUUAUAGGCAAAGACACCAUCUUACAGCUGAGACAAGAAAAUGGAGUGGCUUAUGAACGUUCUUUCCCUGGUUACAUUUUAAUUGAUUGGCUUCUACAGAAUGGUGAAAUAGAGAGUCGAAAACAGGGAUUAGAGCUCUGCAGGGCUCUACUAGAGCAUGAUAUCAUUCAACAUGUCUCUCUGAAGCACCACUUCUUUGACAGUGGGCUGCUGUAUCAAUUCUGCAUUAACUUCCGCCGGCGCCACAGGCUCUCUGAACUGUUGCAUGAAACAGAAAGUGAGGAUGUUGAAUGUUUAUCACAGCAGAACCAAGAGGACCAUGCAGACAGUCAUUUCACACUGUCAUCUGAGGGCAACAUUAACUUCUUAUCUGAUCAACCUACUAAAGAUUUAAACGUGACUACAAAUGGACGAUGUGGAAGUUUGACCAACCAGCAGCACAGUUCAAGCGGAAACCCAAUCACUGCCCCUCUUACCAUUGCCCUUGCAAUACAAUCCAAUCCUAAAUCAGUGCUGAAAAGAAAUGUAACCUGUGAGGAGCUGUUAUCUCCUGGUGCUCCCUAUGUAAAAAGAGUGCUUACGAUCCUCUGUGAUGCCCUUGGCUGGGGCUUUGUAGUACGAGGAAAAUCACCUUGUUAUGUUCAAGCUGUGGAUCCUGGAAGUCCUGCUGCAGCAGCAGGAGUUAAGGUGCGGCAAUUUGUGUGUCGAGUGAAUGGAUGCAGUGUGCUUCAUCUGGACUAUCGCUCACUCUCGAAGCUGGUGAUGACUGGACCUUGUGUUGUUACUUUAGAAGUGAUGGAACCACUGGACUGAUUAAUUACAGAUCACUGAAAUCACAAAAUCCAAUGGGUUGAGCGUUUCAUUGUGGGGAACCCUCUUGGUCAGAUAAAGAGAGAACCUAUUGCCCAGUCUAAUGGUCAAAGUGCCCCUCCCAAAGAACACAUCCAAGUACUACCCAGCAAAAUCCUUUAAAUGAGUCACUGUAUACAGGGUGAUACUGAUUAAAUAUGUGUAAUAUUGUUUUAUUUGAAUAUUAUUUCUUCAUAUACAAUGUAAAAUCCUCAAAUAUUAGAUAUCUGAAUAAAAUGUUUAUAAAUA